UCUAGGUUAUUAGUCUCGGGGGUGUGGAGAUUGAAAAUAGGCCUACAUUUAAAAUUUCUGUGCUUUAUUAUUAUUCGCAUUCUUUUGCGGAGAACUGCACUUGUAGACAUGAAUUCAUUUUCAGACGAUUAUGUUUUUGUUUGGGUUUCGUUAUCAAUCUACAGAGACCUCAGCAUGAUGAACGACCCUGUCAAAAUGAAGCCAGUCCAAACAUUUUACCACCCCUCUGGAGUGAAAUGGUGUAAAAUGCCCUGUGUGUAGACAUGUAGAGCCUAUCCAAACAGCUAGAACUUUCUCAAGCGUCUCGUCGAGUCUGGGGAAACGAAUCGGCCGGACAAUAAGGCGCAGGAACAACACGGUGUGCUUCGUUAUCUUAAGGCACUCUAAUCGGAUCGAGCCCGGACAAGAGGAAAUUGUGGGCUUUGCCUUGCGUAUUAAUGAACAUAACAAAGUGAGUCCUCUUCAUCAGCCAACCCAACUUCUCCGAAUAACUUUGCUGAGAAACUAUCUCUCUCUAUUCAUUCAAGCCCCCCGUGAUAGAAAACCUAAAUCCCAAACUGAAAACCUAUUAGGAUUAAUUUACUGAUCGUAGCUGCUCCUUGAACAAUAAACUACACCAGUCCGGUUGCGCGUGUAUAGGGCCUAAAGAAGCGAAUACUUUUACUAAGACGUGUUGCGUUUUUAUUUCGUACCAGCUCGACCCCCCUUCUGUCCCUCUGCCCCGCUCUCAGGUCCAACCCACGUGCUCCGCCAAGCAGAAGGAGGGCAGAGGGAGAGAGAGAGAGGGGAAGAGAUGACGGCUUCUCUUUUCUCCAUCCACAGACUUCACGAAGUGUCUCGGCGGUCAGGACCGUUAUGGUGUAAACGUCCGGGAAUCGCAGUUGACAGUGGUCGGCUCUGACAAACUCGCUUGGACUAAUAAGGUAAGUGUUGUGUUAUUCCAUCUCUGCGUGGUUUCGUGGGAACACUGCGAUUUGAUUUCUGACCCAGGACAUGCGUACAGUGCGGAAGCACCCUAGAAAGUCUGUAAAAGCAUAGCAUCAUCAAACCCACUUCGGAUAGCUCUAAAUAAGUUGUGUGUGGGGUUUUUUUUCUGUAAAAAUCAUUGUGAACUAACAUAGAUUUUACAUCUACGGUAGUGUUUAUGUUAGCAGAUUUUAUUCAAGUGGAAAGUUAGGAGAUUUUGCUAACUAACCUAUAGCAUGUAGGUAAAUAUAGUCUAUGGAAGUCAUUAAACAAGCAUACACAAUCUCAUGAGCGCUCGUAUUUGUUUUUUUUCUCUAGUUGCAGUUGGAAAUGCUGAAGCCGGGGGAUCAGAGCGGUUCUGCUUUCCUCAAAGUGGAUCCGACUUACCUUCAGCACUGGCAGCAGCUUUUCCCGCAGAGUCAGCUGAAGAACUGCGCGAUUCCACAAAUCCCGGCGCCCGAUCGAGCGCCUGUAGCUGUGGAAAACCUCCGCCAGAGACCCGGCUUAAUUUCCUCCACCACCACCGCCGCCUCGGCCGCUUUAACGCCGUCCUCGAACUCGUCGUGCGCUCCUGCCGUGUCCGCGCUCGCGGGGUUAACGCAGCUCUCCGCGCCGCAGCUCGCGCUAUUCGGACACACUCUCUGUACCGAGGUUGCACCGGCCGAAAACAGCGGCGCGUCUCAGUCCAAGGAACUUUGCCUGCCGUCCAACUUUAACGACAAAGCGUCCCGGUUGAAGCUGACCUCAGAGGAACUGGACUACUAUCUGUACGGACAGCAGAGGAUGGAGAUUAUCCCAUUGAACAAUCACACCAGUGAUCUCAAUAACCGCUGUGACAUGUGUGCAGAUAACCGGAACGGCGAGUGCCCCAUGCACGGGCCCCUGCACUCGCUGCGGCGCCUGGUAGGGACAAGUAGUGCAUCCACUGCUGUGGCCCCUCCCGAGGUUCCCGAGUGGCUGCGUGAUCUACCCCGCGAAGUCUGCCUAUGCACCAGCACAGUGCCUGGCCUGGGCUAUGGUAUCUGUGCUGCCCAGCGCAUACCACAGGGUACUUGGAUUGGGCCUUUUCAGGGUAUUCCUCUGCUGCUGGAUAAAGUACAGUCCGGAGUGGUGCGCAACACAAGACACUUAUGGGAGAUCUAUGACCAGGAGGGCACAUUACAGCACUUUAUUGAUGGCAAUGAUCCAAGCAAGUCAAGCUGGAUGAGGUACAUCCGCUGUGCCAGACACUGUGGGGAACAGAACAUGACAGUGGUUCAGUACAGAUCGUGUAUUUUCUACCGGGCUUGUAUGGAUAUUCCAAGAGGAACAGAGCUUCUGGUAUGGUACAAUGACAGUUACACCUCCUUCUUUGGCAUCCCCCUGCAGUGCAUCGCACAGGAUGAAAACUUGAAUGUGCCAUCUACUGUAAUCGAGGCCAUGUCCCGACAGGAAAGCCUGCAGCCUUUCAGCAAAACAUCCAAAUCCUCUUCACCCGCCAUGCUGCAGCGCUCCAUGGUUUUCCCUCACUCACCCUGCCCACGGAGCUUCUCUCUCCUGGACAAGGUGGGCAACAUGGAGUCUGGCUUUAACCAGCUGAACACCAAGAACCAGCGGGUCCUAGCCAGUCCCACAUCCACCAGCCAGCUUAACAGUGAAUUCAGCGACUGGCACCUCUGGAAGUGUGGCCAGUGCUUCAAGACCUUCACACAGCGCAUUCUCCUGCAAAUGCAUGUGUGCACACAGAACCCGGACAGACCCUAUCAGUGUGGACACUGUUCACAGUCCUUUGCCCAGCCUUCAGAGCUACGCAACCAUGUGGUAACACAUUCCAGUGACCGGCCCUUCAAGUGUGGCUAUUGCGGCCGAGCUUUUGCCGGAGCAACGACGCUCAACAACCACAUCCGCACCCACACCGGGGAGAAGCCAUUCAAGUGUGAGCGGUGCGAGAGGAGCUUCACGCAGGCAACACAGCUUAGCAGACACCAGCGGAUGCCCAACGAGUGCAAACCCAUCAGCGAGAGCAGCGAAUCAAUUGAGGUGGAUUAG